AUGUCAGAUCCAUUGGUACCUACGGCUGUUUAUAAAGCUCCUGAUAUUCCAGAAGGCAAGAAUUUCCACCCUGGUGAAGGUCCUCAUACAACAAAUGGGAAGACUACCCAAAUUUCAGAUAUUGUGAUAAAAGCUGGUGGUGAGGACAGAGAUAAACCAAGUGACGCAAAUGAUACACAGCUAGGUCAGUUGAGAGCAAAAUUAACUACCUUGCAAGAUCAAUUAAAUAUUUUCUUAACCCAAAGAAUGGAUAACGAGAAAAGUAAAUCUCAAGAAGAGAAGGAUUUGGAAAGACAGGUGUUGGACGAAGGAGUCGAUGAUGAUAGUGAUUAA